AUGGAUACAUUGAAUCAGAUUGACACCGGCUCACAGGAUGUCGAGGAACAAAGCCCAAAGGAUACUUCCUUUUUCGCUCCGAAGGAUGCUCGCGAAGUUGUCGGCAGGGUGGUCAGUACCAAUUAUGCGAUCCUGAUGGCUGGAUUGAACGAUGCUGCAACUGGUGUCCUCAUCCCUUAUAUCCAGCCUGCGUACAAUAUCGGCCUGCUACAAGUAUCCAUGGUCUACUUGGUCAAUUUCGCCGGAUGGCUCGUCGCCUCUUUCGCCAACAUCCACGUCUGCUCGAGACUGGGAACCGGCGGGACCUUAGUCCUUGGAGCCACAAUCCAGAGCUUCGGGUAUGCGCUCAUGUUCUGGAGGCCUCCUUGGGGUUUGUUCAUGGCCGCUUUCUUCUUCACUGGCAUGGGGGUCGCCUUCCAGGAUGCACAGGCGAAUACCUUCACCAUCACCGUCAAUAAUCCCCAUCGAUGGCUCGGGAUUCUCCAUGCUGUCUACGGUGUGGGCACCAUCAUCGCCCCGCUGAUCGCCAAUACCAUUGCAUCCCACACGCCCUACUGGUACUAUUACUAUCUCGCGACUCUAGCCAUGGGCGUGAUCAACGUUGUCCUCCUGGCGUGGACAUUCCGCAAGGGUCUGUUCCAACCAAAUAUCUCGAACGCCAAAGACACGGCCAGCGCCGAGAUGAAAGCCACGCUCACCAAUAAGUUUGUGUGGAUCUUCAACGGGUUCUUCUUCCUCUAUGUCGGUGCUGAGGUUGCUUCGGGGGGCUGGCUGGUCCAGUUUCUCGUCUCCGUGCGACACGGUGAUCCCAAAAAGGUGGGUUACGUCGCCUCGGGGUUCUGGUCCGGCUUUACGCUCGGACGAGUCCUUCUCGCGGACAUCACGCACAAAUUUGGUGAGCGACGGAUGGUAUUCAUCUACAUUGCGCUGGCCAUAGCGUUGCAGGUCAUGUUCUGGGUGAUCCCCAACAUCAUCGCGAAUGCAAUCACUGUCUGUUUCUUGGGCUUCUUCAUCGGGCCGUUCUACCCCGUCGGCCUCUAUGUUCUGACAAAGGUCGUUCCUCAAGAACUCCAUAUCGGCGCCCUAGGCUUUACCGCAAGCUUGGGACAGGCUGGGUCUGCGGCGUUUCCGUUCAUGACGGGGGCUAUCGCGUCCAAGGCAGGGGUUCAAGUCAUGCAGCCCAUCAUGGUGGGGUUGCUGAUCGGUAUUGGAAUAUUCUGGGCGUUAAUCCCGAGACCGAUGACGGCCAAGACAUGA